AUGUCGCAGCAGGAUGGCGCGCCAUUCGCACACCAUUCCGUGCUCAGCCCUCCGCUGCUCGCCGCCAUCGACAGCCAGCACGUGUUUGGUCCAUACGACUCGGCGCAGACUCCACGCGAGCCGUCGCAGCCCGAGUCCAGCUCGCGCCCCACGCAUCGACGCACACGCUCCAGGGCAUCGUCCGUCGCCUCGGUGCAUAGCCUCACCACCGCCAACAACAAUGCCACCACCUCUCAAAGCUCUUCGCAACGCAGGGCUCGCAGGGGACACAAUGUGCCUGGCACGCAUGGCCGCAGCGGGAGCAACUCCAUCCCGUCAACCGCCUCGGGCCGCGCUGCUACGCUCAGCGCCUUAUCGCCCACCGACGCUUCUCGACCGCUGACGGCAAGCUCGCGCAACCGCUCCAUCCCCCAUCUCGACGGCCUCCACAGCCUCUCUGCUGCACACGAGCACGGCCAUGCCGCUCGACCAUCCGCAUACACUGCACCAUCAUCUCCGCUCCUUUCGGCGGCAGCUUCGUUGGCAUUCGCCAUGUCGCCUGUCGCUCAUGCUUCCGCAAUCACCGAACAUCUCGUCCCGUCCGACUGGGCGCUCGAUGCUUCCGUACCAACCACGCCUCACACCGCACUCUCGCGCAACGCCUCCGACUACUUUGACCCGGCGCUGCUCGCGCAUCUUCAGUCGCACGACCCAAGCUCCCAUCCCGAGCUCUGCGCCUCUCAGCCCGUCCCUUCACCUCCGCCGGCUCACUCUGCGCAUGCAGCACGCUCGGCCAGCCAGUCCGAGUGGGCGCAGCAUGCGGCGCACAUGCAGCAGACCGCACAGCUGCUCGGCCUCCAGCGUCUGUUCGCCAGUCGCAGCACACCGCAUCUGCCCGACCUCGACUCGACCUAUCUGGGCCACGACUUUGAGUCGCCCCCGCCCUAUGCGCCGCGUGCCGCCGCGCACGAGACCGAGCUCGAGCGUGCCGUCGACGUCGACUCCAACGCCACGAGCACGCCCAGCCGCGACCCGCCUCUGCCGCCGCCCAUCUCCAUCCCGGCGGGCACGCCGAGCCGACCGGCGUCCGGUCCGUCGUCGGCAUCCGUGCCCGCACGACCGCCGCUAUCGCGCGCACGCUCGUCGUCGCGCGGAAGCAGGAGUGGCCCUCCGUCGCCUUCGGCGUCGUUCUACGGCCGACGCGGCCUCACGAGUCUGUCGCCCUUGCCGGCGGGGCUCGAGAUGACGCCGAGCGUGAUGCAUGUGGCGCAGUUCGCAUCGACCCCCGCCAGCCCCGGAUUUGCGCCGGACAGCGACGGCGACGAGGACCUCGAGGGCGCUCUCUCCUUCUCCUCGUCCAGGUCCAAGCAGAGGAGGGACGAGCGCACCAUCUCGGCCGCUGGCGACGACGCGGCGCGCAGCGAGGCGAAUGGACACGUCUCGGCAUCGCUACCAGCCAGCUCGUCCAUGUCGCAGCAUGCCGGUUUGACGAGGAGGAGGAGGUCGGGAUCCACGGGGAGUGCACGACAGCUUCUGCGGCCCCGGACGCCAAGCAGUGCCGCUGCGACAAGGGGACCGGCGAGCACGCAGCAGGCUUCGACGAGCAGUCCAGCUCCGAGCGUGGCGGACGAGCCGCCACUCACGGCCGAGGCGGUGAGCGCCGAGCCACUCGCGCCUGCCACGACGGCGUCCGUCAGCUCGGUCGAUGCCAGCUUGGACGCCGACAGCGUGAGCCAGCCCGUGUCUCCCACCUCGGAAAGCACGCGGCCGGAUAGUCCCUCGUCGCCCGAGGCCGUGCGGCACACGCACCGCGCCAAGUCGGUCUGGACCAGCAACGGCGGGUCGGAAGCGUUUCCUUCGCCCGGCGAUGCAGCAGCGGUACCCGGCGAGGACGACGAAUUCCCGCUGGUGCUCAAGCUGCUGCUGCAUCCGCUGCGCAUCCUAGCUGCGGUGCCCGGGUGCAUUGGCACGUUCUGGCUCGCGCGCAAUGCCUACAUGCUCGCCAGCCGCGACGGGCAGCUGCUGAGUCCCGGGCCGAUGCUCGUGCUCGCCGACGGCACGGAGCGCUUCUGGAGCGCCGAUGUGGUGCAGCACGCGGUGCGGCCGGGACGUCGGCAGCCGGGUGCACUCGACUUUGCGGUGGCGUGUCUGUGGAGCAUGAGCACGGCCUACCACGCGCUCUCGUUCACCACGCUGCUGCUGCGGCGCUGGCUGCUCUACUACUCGAUCCUCCCCUCGCUCAUCCGGCUCAUGGCGCUCCAGGCCAUCUGCUGGCCGCUCGUGCGCCUCACCGUGUACGUGUUUGGUGCCGACCAGCCGCUGGGCGCGUGGGUCGUCAUCGGCACCACCACGGCGCUCAGCGACGUCGUGUCGCGCUGGGUGACGAGCAACAUUGCCGACGCGCCGCUCGACGACGAGGUGGACGAUGAGCACGAGGACGAGGCGCUAGGAUAUCUCAGCGACUAUGGUCGGAGUCCCACCAGGGCGGUGGCGGAGCGGAUGGCGAUGGCGGACAGCAACCCGCUCGUCGCCGCGGGAGGGGCGGCGCUGGGCGGUGCGUCGGAUUGGGACCCCCGCUCGGGAGACGAGAGCGAUGCGGCGGCGGCGAGCUUUUUUGCGAGCGAGCGCGAGCGGCAGCGCAAGCAGCGGCGCGGUGGACAGGGCACACGAUUCUGGCGUGCGGUCAUCGGUGGGCCGUCGUUCGCCGCCCCCUCGCGGCGCAAGGCGCGGCGUGCCGAACAAUCGCGAAGCAACGGCGCAGCGACCGAGACCGAGGUGGAGGCCGAGUCGGACUGGCCCGGGUAUGCGACGGACCGCACCGUGCUCGGAUCGGAGGGGCUGCGGCGUAGGAUCCCUGGAGCGGGGAGGAGGACGGUGUUGCCGCCGUUUCCGUUCCGGCCGUCGACGUAUCGCCAGGGCAGCACGCGGUACGUGUACAGAGACGGCGGCUGGACGAGGGAGCGCACGAGCAGCCGACGCAACUUCCACUGGGACGUGGCGGUGUGGCGCAACGUGGUGCCCAUUGCGGCACUGGCGUACCUGAGCAUGUGGAUCCUCGUGUGCGACGCCAUGCGGCUUGGCGGCUAA